AUGAACUUGAGAAAUCCCAACCUCGACGGCAAUACCCAGUUGAUCAGCAAUGCGAGGUCAUUGAUCCAGAAAGUGGUAAGCGACACCGACGCGACGUACGGGUUUGGUACCUUGACCUGCACAGUAUACGACACGGCGCGGGUGGCUCUCGUCACCAAGCCCUUGAAGGGAGAAAGGCAAUGGCUUUUCCCCGAGAGCUUCCGAUACAUACUCAGCACCCAGGCGGAUGAUGGGAGCUGGCCCAGCUGUUCAGGAUCCCAGAUUGAUGGUGUCCUAAGUACGGCAGCUGCCUUGCUUGCAUUGCUGCGACACAGGAGACAGCCUCUUCAAUUACUGGGUGACACAGAUGAUUUGGACUCUCGCAUCACCCGCGCAAUUGCCACGCUGCGUGAUCGAUUGGCAGCGUGGGACGUGAUGACCAUUAACUAUGUCGGCUUUGAGAUGAUCGUGCCAGCCAUUCUAGAUCUUCUCGAGAAAGAGGACGCCUCAUUGGCCUUUGAAUUUGACGGCAAGGCGACGUUGCUUGACAUACACAAAGCCAAAAUGUCCCGGUUUGAGCCUAGCCUAGUGUACGACAAGAGGCUGAUGACAGUCACCCACUCCCUCGAAGCCUUGAUUGGGAAGAUCGAUUUUGAUAGACUGGUCCACCACAAGGUGCUGGGCUCCAUGUUUGCAUCUCCUUCAUCCACUGCAGCGUACCUGAUGAACACCUCGACGUGGGACGAUGAGGCUGAGGCGUACCUGCGAUACGCCAUCAAAGGGUCCGUCGGCCAGGGCAGUGGCGGCGUCCCCGGUGUUUUCCCCACGACCAACUUUGAGUAUACCUGGACGCUUGUAGGUCCUGUCCACCUUGCUCCGAGCCGGCAAGCUGCUCACAGCGGAACCUAUGCAAUGAUUAUCCCAUUUACCUGGACAAGCUGCAACAACCGGACGCGGACAUAUGCAGCUGCAUCGCUCUUGUAUGAGAUGAUGGUGUUAUCCUUCAGGACCUAUCAUAUUGACGAUUUCAUGGAGUCUGUAGCCAGACCUGCUUUCAAGUAUCACAUAGAGGGCCUUCGCCAUCUAGUUGGAACCGUGACAGCGAAGGCGUCUAGCCAGUCAGAUGGCGUGGGAUAUUGCACCGACGUCAAUGGAGAUCAUAUGGAACACUCGAAGUAUGGGGACCAUAUCCAUACAUUAACUCGUUGCGUUCGCUCCAUCCUUGAGAACCCGGUCUUUCAAUCUGCCAGCCCUAAUGACCGCAAAACGCUCGAACAGGAGCUCAGGGUAUAUCUUCUCGCGCAUGCAAAGCAGGUGGAGGAUAACUCACAGUUCGAAAUUGAACUCAAGCAGACGAAAACGCUUACUUCUGCCAGCAGCGCCUAUUUCCGUUGGGUCUACACCACCUCUGCUGAUCAUAUCGCUGCACCGAUGUGUUUCGCCUUCCUGGCCUGCGUGAUUGGAGCCACUCUGACACCGAGUACUAAUAAUGACUGCUUUCCCAGUACAACCUCCAAGUACCUUGCUGCCGCAGCAUGCCGUCACCUUGCGGUCAUGUGCCGCAUGUAUAACGACAUCGGGUCUUGGGUGCGUGACCUUGAUGAGGGUAACUUGAAUUCGAUUCACUUUCCCGAGUUCAGUGGGACGGACGAUGGUACAAAGCAGGCGGUGCUUUUCAAUCUGGCUCAGUAUGAGCGCAAGUGCUUAAAUGAUGCCUUGGAACGGUUAAUUAAGGAAAUGCUCAAUGGUCCGGACGCUGAAGCGAUUCGAUUGAGUGAGAGACGCAUGCAUCUUGUUCGGAUGUUCUGCGAUGUGACAGACCUUUACGGGCAGAUUUAUGUUCUUCAGGAUAUGUCGAGCUUUAUUCGUCGUAGGUCCCUCUGA